UGUCUUCCUCCUCGCUGCCAGCUCAACUCUCUUGCUCUCACAAAAUCUGCAAAUCUUCCCUUUCUCUUUUAUUGUCUCUCUCUACAAUUGCACUUAAAUUGAGUUCCCAAAGAAGUGAGCCACUAUCUCAAUUCUUUGUUUGCUUGCCGAGAAACUGCAAGAGAAUCAAUUCAUCGAUCUUGAUCUAUAUUGGUUUACUGUUUUUUAUUCUCUGUUUUUUCCCCUAUAGUUAGUUCAGUGUAUUUAAGCUUUUAUUGACAUUGCUUAGUUCACUUCCUUCUUCGUAUAAUUCGUGGAGGGAUAUAUAUACAUACAAAGACGAAGUGUGAUAUUGAUAGUGACAUGAGAUGGUACGCGCACCAGGGAAGCAGAAAUCAACGAAGCUGUUGUUAGCUUGCGUUGGAUUGUUAGGGUUUGGAGUUAUUGCUAAUUAUUUGUGGGCUUCUUCUCCUCGUUUCUCCAAUUGGGUUGCUGUUGAUAAUUCUGUUACCGAAUUAAUUAUCCCCAGAAAGGAAGAUCCAGUUCAGGAUACUAAAUCCCCACCUGUUAAGGCAGAAGCUCACAAAGAAAAGAAGAAGAAGAAUGACAAUGGUGAGAAGGACGUUCCUGGAAGAUUCCUAUCAGCAACAUUUGCUGAUUUGCCUGCACCAGAAUUAAAAUGGGAGAAAAUGGCUGCUGCACCUGUGCCGCGCCUCGAUGGGGCUGCCAUACAGAUUAAGAAUCUUUUAUACGUGUUUGCUGGAUAUGGAACAAUUGAUUAUGUGCAUUCACACGUCGAUAUUUACAAUUUUUCGGAUAACACAUGGGGAGGGAGAUUUGAUAUGCCGAAAGAAAUGGCACAUUCACACUUGGGAAUGGUGACAGAUGGUAGAUACAUUUAUGUUGUUACAGGACAAUAUGGUCCACAAUGCAGAGGCCCUACAGCCCGUACGUUUGUUUUAGAUACUGUGACAAAGCAAUGGCGGGACAUGCCACCCCUUCCAGUUCCUCGGUAUGCACCAGCUACUACACUAUGGAGAGGUAGGCUUCAUGUGAUGGGUGGCAGCAAGGAAAAUCGACACACUCCAGGAUUGGAGCAUUGGAGUCUUGCUGUAAAGGAUGGCCAAGCAUUAGAAAAAGAGUGGAGGACAGAGAUACCAAUACCCCGUGGAGGUCCUCAUAGGGCUUGUCUUGUGGUUAAUGAUAGACUUCUUGUCAUUGGUGGUCAAGAAGGUGAUUUUAUGGCCAAACCUGGAUCACCUAUCUUCAAGUGCUCUCGCAGGAAUGAGGUAGUAUUUGAUGAUGUCUACAUGUUGGAUGAUGAUAUGAAGUGGAAAACUUUACCUCCUAUGCCAAAGCCUGAUUCUCACAUUGAAUUUGCAUGGGCGGUCGUUAAUAAUUCCAUUGUUAUUGCCGGAGGCACCACAGAGAAGCAUCCUAUAACUAAAAGGAUGGUCCUAGUUGGGGAAGUCUUCCAGUUUAACUUGGGCACUCUGAAGUGGUCAGUCAUCGGAAAACUUCCUUAUCGAGUGAAAACUACACUAGUUGGAUUUUGGAAUGGAUGGUUGUAUUUUACCUCUGGACAACGAGACAAAGGUCCAGAUGAUCCGGCUCCUAGGAAGGUCAUUGGAGAUAUGUGGAGAACAAAAUUGAAAUUGAACCCAUAAUCUGAAUUAUCAUUAUUAAUAUAAUUCUUUGAUAGUUAUUCAAUCCUUCCUCAUUUUUUGUCUUUGUAUCUGAUGAAAUAUUUGUUGUUGUAGCAUUUGUUAUCUUUGUGAAAUGUCUUUCUUUUUUCCAAGUAAAGGAAUGAGGGGUGUAUAGAUUACAUCUUCCCCAUUUCCUUGUAUAACAUUCAAAAUACACGCUGGAGUAACAUGAAAUUAGAGUUUUUCGAUAUA